AUGAGCGAGUCUAAGGAAGAAAAAACGAGUGGGCGCUGGAAGGUCUUCUUCAAAGGCCAGCGGAAUGAUAGCGAUAGGCAGUCUAACGAGAACAGAGAGGCUGCCCGACCCUUUCCAGUCCCGAGUUUCAGUGUUUCUUCCGACAAAAAGACGGAAGAUCCUAAGGUCACGGAGCUUCCCUCUUCAGAAUUGAAGUUGAAGCUGCCGCAACUGGGUAGCGACACGACCGAGCGAGUGUUCCCUGUUCGAUCGGUGGUCUCGUACGACUCGAAUCCCUCGUCUGCCCUCCAGACGCCUUCGCUGGACAAGCUCGAGAGUCCCAUAUCACCAUUUUCAGACGCUUUUAAAAGAAGUUCAUUGGCGAAUGACAGUGCUCCGAAGCAGACGAAUGGAGAUGCUGAUGAAGCGCAACGCAUGACAAGGCCAGAUUAUCUGAGCCAGAUGCAUGAGCAGCGACAAAGGCUUGCCGGAAUUUCCCCCUCAUCGAAGGUGCCAACUUUAAGCAACCCUGCCUCCAUGAAUGGUUUGCUUCUAUCCUCAUCUAAUAGGGAUUGUGACUCGAGUGCAAGCUCUCAUCAGAGUGUCGGACCAUAUGAAAGGCUACACAACUUAAUUAGCGAAGGAGCCAAGAUCCUGAAACCGAUUCGAAUGUCCAAGAGGCUACAAUUCUUGCAUGAAGACGAGGACGAUAUCAUCAUUCAGUCUUUUGGUGCACUGCUCGUCGUCACACAGUCUGGGGACAGUUUCCCUGUUGAAGUUGCUAGCACCAACACAGAGGAGAUUUUAGGCAUCGCCCCAGAUGACUUAUUCGAACGCAAGUCUAUUUGUGCCAUAUUCUCCGACACUCAAUCCCGAGUCUUCCGUAGACAUGCUGAUUAUGUCUCGGGUGACGAAUAUGAAGUUGAAGAAGUUGGCCCCGAGGUCUUCUGUUUACCGACUCGGGAUGGAAGCACUCGACGGCUUUGGUGUACAAUGCAUACUAGUAAAGCAUACAAGAACUACAUAAUCUGUGAGUUCGAGCCAGAGAUUGGAGGCUCGCACCAACCCAUGGACAGCAUUGAUUCCGAGGGCCUGCCGAAUCAAGAACAACGACCGCUUAGCCGAUUCUCCCAAGAUGAGGCUCACCAACGGAAAAGCCUCUCUAAUACAUACGGCAAUCCUCCUCAAGAAGCCGAAAGCAUGGACUCAGAGCUUUUGAAUAUCAUCCCGCGAAUCUUGAAACGGAUCUCGAGCGCUCAAUCGUUGGAUGCUUUGAUUCAACAUACUAUUUCGACCCUGCGGGAUAUGAUCAAGUUUCACCGCAUCACUGUCCACCAUUUUGACAGUGACCGAAAUGGUAUCGUCGUAGCGGAGGCCCUUGACCCAGAGAGCAAAUUGGAAUCCCUUCAAGGCAUGCUUUUCCAAGAAUCCACGUUCCCCGAGGAUCUCAAGAGCCAGUACUUGAGGAAUAGAGUUGCCUUCUCUUAUCGAAAGGGAGAGGAUGUCUCUGAGCUGGUAUAUCGCGUGUCUACCAACAAGAUGGCCAUGGAUUUGUCACAUUGCUACCUAACAGCAACUCCAGAUGAACCUUCUAAUGACUCCACGCAGACUUCAGCUUGUGCCUGCAUGUCCAUCAGCAUUAACGUAUUCGGCAAGCUGUGGGGCUUAAUAUCUUGUCAGUCGUACGACGAGAAGCUGCGACUUCAUCCUCUGCAUCAGCGAGCAAGUUGGUUCAUCGGUGAAGCAGUUUCCAGCAACAUUGAACGUCUUUCGUAUACCUUGCCAUUCCAAUUGAAAGAUCAGAAUGCAACAGAACGUGAUUCCGAUCGAGAGAUAUCUUGUCCUUUCGGUGAUCUUCUAGGCCUCUUUGGCGCUGAUUACGCUGCAGCAUCGAUUAUGGGAAAAGUCAAGGUCUUGGGCAAACCUAAUGACUCCCAAGAGGUAUUGGCUCUGCUAGAAUACCUACGAGCCAAGGAGAUUGAAACAGUGCUGUGGUCUACAGAUCUUGCGUCUGACUUUGCAGAUCUCGACUAUCCUCCCGGCUUCCACCACUUGGCAAGUCUGCUCUACGUCCCGUUAUCGGCUGAUGGCCAUGACUUUAUCAUCUUCUUUCGGAGUCGGCCCAGAGUAAAUCAGGAUAAUGAUGCCCCCGAAGUCGGUUCUCGGCCAGCAGAGUGGUCAGCUGCAGAAUUCGGAAAGGCAUCAAUGUUAACCCUCUUGUAUCGAACGUUCACGGAAAUCUGGCAGGAGAGAGAAGUAGCGAUGCAGAACAACCAGCUAAUGAGGCUACUCUUGGCUAAUACUGCACAUGAAUUCCGCACACCACUCAACGCCAUCAUCAAUUAUCUUGAAAUCGCACUAGACAGUUCCCUGAACCAGGAGACCCGGGAGAACUUGUCUAGGUCUCACUCCGCUUCAAAGUCAUUGGUGUAUAUUAUCAACGAUCUCCUGGAUCUCACGAAUGCAGAAAACGGACAAAAGCUCAUCAAAGAUGAAGUUUUCAAUCUACCCGAAACUCUUCGCGAGGCAACCAACAUCUUCUGGGAGGAGGCCAAGCAAAAGAAUGUCAAUCUUCAAAUCGUGCAGCAAUCCGAGCUGCCUCCAGUACUCGGUGACCAACGACGUGUGCGACAGGUCAUCACCAAUUUAAUUAGCAACGCUGUCCAGCAUACUUCUUCGGGCGCUGUCACAAUCGAGUCAUGCCUUAUACCCGAGCCUUGCAAGACGGGGUAUAUCCCAGUUGAAGUCGCUAUCCACGACACUGGCGCCGGAAUGUCUCCAGAGACCGUGGAGACUUUAUUUUGUGAGCUAGAACAGGUCUCAAGCAUGGGAUACAUCCAAAAAUCGAAAUCAAGCGGAGAGACUUGCGAACCCGAGGGUAUGGAGUCAAGCAGCGUCCUUGGAUUGGGAAUUGCCCUGGUCGCUCGCAUUGUGCGCAACAUGGAUGGCCAGCUGAGCCUCAAGUCAGAAGAAGGAACAGGAAGUUGCUUCAAGAUCCGACUGAAAUUUCCAAUACCGUCCGAGGAGGACGGAAAUGCAAGGGUAGCAUGCGGUAGCAGCUGUGGACAUCAAAUAUGUCAUCGAAACAAGGACACGGAUCAAGCACCAACUGAAGACACGGCAGAGAAAAGGAACGGCAUACCGUGUCACUGUCACUGCGGUGAUGACAGUUUCCCGGGGCCUGGACCUGGAGAAAAAGAUAGCAACUGCUUGGAUGUCGAAAUCAAUCUGACCAACGGCGAAUCCCGCAGUAUCACCUUGGCUGCCCCGCACUCAAUACCAGACAAAGGGACCCAGGCGGUAGAAAGCCUUUUUACGGCCCCUGAGCAAGAAAAAGAGGAGAGGACUCGUGUUGUGCUCAAAGAACCCAAGGCGCCCGCAAAAGAAUCCGACACCCCGACAGCCGACAUGGACGCAAAGUCCAGGCUGCAGGUUUUGGUCGCCGAGGAUGACCCCAUCAACAGUACAAUACUGAAGAAACGGUUGGAGAAAUUUGGUUAUCAGAUUCAUUUAACGGGCAAUGGCAAGGAAUGCGCUGCUGUGUAUCGCAAUAGUCCUGGCUCCUUCGAUGCGAUUCUGAUGGACCUACAGAUGCCCAUAGUCGAUGGAUUAUCAGCUGCCAAGAUGAUUCGAGAGUACGAAGUCCAAGCAGAUUUACGCCAUGAUUAUGUGCCCAUCUUUGCGGUGUCGGCUUCGCUCUUGGAAAAGGACUGGCGCACGUACAUUGAAUCCGGCUUUGAUGGAUGGAUCAUGAAGCCCAUUGACUUCCAAAGAGUUCAUGAGCUUCUUCAGGGUGUGAAAUCCACCGAAAAACGAAGGAAUUGUUUUUAUCGACCGGGCAUGUGGGAACAAGGAGGUUGGUUCGCAGCGGAUAGUUGA